AUGCUACUUGAUGCAGAAGUUGAAGGAGUUGUGCUGAUGGUUGAUGGUACCGAGGUACAUGUACCGGAACUAGCUAAUGAACUACUUCGAGAUGAUGGCCUUGAUUGA